AUAGCCCACUGAUCUUUACUCGAUACGAUCAGAAAAAUAUGUCUCUCUUUUCCUAGCAGCUGGUAUGUUAUGCCACAGUCUUAUGCAGACUGUUUACCUCCUCGUAUAUAGCUAUACAGAUUACGCACACAAACGCAUACAUACUCCCAGGAGGAGGCAGAUGUCGUGCCUGUCUCUUUAAAACACAGACUCCUGGAGGUUGGCGAGGAUUUGGUGCGGAUAGCAGUGAGAGCGGAGCUCAGCUCGGCAUGUGCACAACCUCAUCUCCGCUCAAACUGACGCUGCAACCUACAACUACCCGAACCAGAGAGAGAGAGAGAGAGAGGGGAAUUAUUUUAUUUAUGACCGGGCUAAAUGUAGUUAAGCCCUUUUUCUUUUUUGUUUUCAGUAACAGCAGGAGAUCUUAGAAAGAAGUCGCUGCAUGUGUGCGUGCGUGUGUUUGUGUGAGCAUGCGGGGAUGAAGAAGUGCUGCUGCUGAGUUUUGUUAUUAGGUUUCUCCGGGGCGGUGCUGCUGCUGCUGCUGCUGCUAGAGAUCAUCCUGCUGCUGUCAUGGGUCUAUGGGAGUGACAUCAAAGUUUUUUUGGGAUGAUUUUACUCGCUUGAAAUAUACCAGCUGAGGCUCUCACCCUAAUCCGCGUCAGAUUUGCAUGUUUUCAGUCAAAUCUGCGCGUUUUAAUGACCGGAUGAGGUCUGAUUUUAAUUGUUAAUUUGAGCGGAAAGUCAGGAGGCUGCAGACUUCAGGAGAGAGUGGAGAUGAACUUUGGAAAUAUACUUCUUGUGACGGUCUCAUUCAUCACCAUCACAUCAGGGUCCCGAGCUCGGUAUGAAGACAGUGCACCUCGGAUUGUGGAAGACCCCUCAGACUUGAUCGUCUCCAAGGGGGAGCCCGCCACCCUCAAUUGCAAGGCAGAGGGCCGACCUCCGCCCAGCAUAGAGUGGUACAAGGAUGGCGAACGCGUGGAGACGGACAAAGAUGACCCCCGUUCACACCGCAUGCUCCUGCCCAGUGGCUCCCUCUUCUUCCUUCGCAUCGUACACGGACGACGCAGCAAACCAGACGAAGGCGUCUACACCUGUGUGGCCCGCAACUACCUGGGAGAGGCCAUCAGUCGAAAUGCCUCACUCGACGUUGCUACCCUGAGAGAUGAUUUCCGGCAGGCCCCGAGCGACGUGGUGGUGGCUGGUGGUGAGCCUGCAGUGCUAGAGUGUGUGCCUCCCCGUGGUCACCCUGAGCCCACCGUGUCCUGGAAACGCAACAACGUCCGAGUCAGUGCCAAGGAUGAUCGCAUCUCUAUGCGUGGGGGCAGACUGAUGAUCUCUCACACCAGGAAAAGUGAUGCUGGCAUGUACGUUUGUGUGGGCACAAAUAUGGUCGGAGAGAGGGACAGCGAUCCGGCAGAGUUGGUGGUGUACGAGCGUCCUGUGUUGGUACGGAGGCCAGUGAACCAGGUGGUCAUGGAGGAAGACAUCGUUGACUUCCUCUGCGAGGUCCAUGGAGACCCUGCCCCCACCGUGCGAUGGCGGCGGGAGGAGGGGGAGCUUCCCCGUGGGAGGUUUGAAAUCCGCAACGGCAAUAGCUUGCGUUUGUUCCGCGUGAAAGAGCAGGAUGAAGGGACGUAUACCUGCACAUCUGAGAACAGUGUGGGCAAAACGGAGGCCUCAGCCAUGUUGCAGGUCCAUGUUCCUCCUCAGAUUGCCACAAAGCCCCGAGAUCAGAUCGCUUCCCAGGGGAGGAGCGUCACCUUCCAAUGCGGCACCACAGGAAACCCUCCACCUGCCAUCUUCUGGCAGAAAGAGGGCAGCCAGUUGUUGUUGUUUCCUGGUCAGCCACCAUCACAGUCUGGCCGUUACUCUGUCUCCAUGAGCGGGGAGCUGAGCAUCACAGACGUCCACCCUGAGGACUCGGGUUUCUACAUCUGCCAGGCCAUCAGCGUGGCAGGAAGUGUGCUGACCAAGGCGCUGCUGGAGGUGGAAGGCGGUCCUUCAGGUCGCGUCCCGCCAAUUAUUCGCCAGGGCCCAGCCAAUCAGACGGUGUCUAGGGGUGCAGCGGUUCAGCUGCACUGCCGGGUGAUCGGUGGGCCUGCAGUCAAGAUUUCAUGGGAGAAAGAGGGAGAGAGACUUCAGGGAAAUAAACCUCGGGUGACCUUGAUGGAGAAUGGGACACUACAAAUCACUGACAUAAAGGACACGGACUCUGGGAUGUACACGUGCGUGGCAUCGAGUGCCACAGGGGAGUCGAGCUGGAGUGGGAUGCUGACUGUCAGAGAGAAUGGAGUUUCAUCAGUGUCCAGAGUUUCUGAGUUCAUCCAGCUCCCAGGGCCGCCGCAGAAACCUGUAGUGACUGAGGUGACUAAGAACACUGUCACCCUUACCUGGCAGUCAAAUCCACAUGAGGGCGGGGCGGCCGUCACCUCCUACAUCAUCGAGGCCUUCAGUCAAUCAGUGGGCAGCACCUGGCAGACAGUGGCGGACCAUGUGAGGCAGGAGAGGCACACAGUCGUGGGACUCUUCCCAAACACCGUCUAUCUAUUUAUUGUGCGAGCCGUUAACUCUUAUGGCCUCAGUGACCCCAGCCCCAUAUCUGAGCCGGUCAGGACGCAGGAUGGGAGUCCGACAGAACAGGGUGUGGACCACAGACAGGUGCAGAGAGAGUUGGGAGAGGUAUCUGUCUACCUGCAGAAGCCUGUCGUUCUGUCUCCCACCAGUGCCAGGAUUUCUUGGACUGUCGCCCGUCAGUCGCGGUACAUUCAGGGUUACCGUGUGUAUCACCGGACGAUUGGCAGCUCCUGGUCGGUCCAGGAUGUGGAGGCCACUUCUGAUCAUAGCACCAUCUUAGUUGAUCUGUACGGCAAUAAAGAGUAUGAGAUCAAAAUCCGGCCGUACUUCAAUGAGUUACAAGGACAUGACAGUCUCAUGGUGCUGCUGCAUACGCCUGAGGAGGUGUUAAGUGCGGCUCCACAGGCAGUGUCAGUGGUUCAGCUCACCAACAGCACCAGUAUCAGUGUGUCCUGGGAGCCCCCGCCUCAUAACACUCAGAGUGGGAUCAUCCGAGAGUACAAGGUUUGGUGUCUGGGCAGCAGCAUGGAGCCGGAGCAUCAGAUAAACCGAACGGUGGAUGGAGCGGUUCUGUCCAUCCUGCUGAUAGGACUGUUGCCUGACGUCCGCUACACCGUCACCGUGGCUGCUGUCACCAGCUUGGGUGUGGGUGCUCAGAGCCCGCCUGUCAGCCUGCUCCUCACUUACCCGAUGGAGAAGACUUAUACUCCAGUGAAGAAAGGCAGUAACUCCACCAUAUCAGAGCAAAUCACAAGUGUCAUCCGACAGCCAGCCUUCAUCGCAGGUCUGGGUGUAGCUGCGUGGUUGGGGCUAAUGGGCUUCAGCGGUUGGCUGUACUGUCGACACCGCAGGAGGAAGCAGCUGGGGCACUACACCACAUCCUUUGCAUACACACCUGCAGUUGGCUUUGCUCACAGCGAGGGAUCUGGAAUCAUCAACGGAGGGCCUGCCUUGUUAGGAUCAAACAUGGGCAACUACCCCUGGCUGGCCGACUCCUGGCCCACUCCAAACCUCUCUCACAACGGAAAAGACUCAGUGAACUGCUGCUCGGGCAAAUUGGACUCUGAAAGAUAUUAUAACAGCAUCAUGAACUACCCGACCCAGACAGAAAAACGCAGCACAGCGUCCACAGAUAGUCCCAUCUACAGCACCAUCAACACAGCUGCAGAGGACGACCUACUGGCGUACUACGACACCUACUCCAGCACCUCCUACAACCAGGGGCCAGACCCUUACAGCAGCAACCCUGUACUGUCAAAUGGUGGGCUUGUAGGUCUGGAGCAAGACCUAGACGAGUGGACCAUUCAGUCUGGCCAGUCUGGGUCUGAGUAUGCCAAGCUCCAGUACAACAAGAAAAGUAACGACAAACUAGUGAAGCAGAAGUCCAACGUGUCCAUGUCAAAGCCAGCUCCUCUCACUUGGGUGGAUGUUUUGUCGCUGCCUCUUCCUGCUAACAAAGACAAAGGUCAUACAAGGAGAGACAAAGAAGAGAAGCGACAUAGCUUUGAGGAGGAAGAUGACGACUGGUGUCCUCCACUUCCUGCCAGAACCUACCUGAUGGACACCUCCAGGGAGGAGCUCUCCAGCCUGCCCUCAAAACCAGAUGAGCUGUCCUACACACCAACACGGGUGUCAUCCCCACAGCGAGACACACACAAGCCCAGCGACAGUCCUCAACUGCAGCACUUUGACCUUUUGGCUCGUCACCAGGUCUCCCAGUCCAACCCAGAUCUGUUUAUCAACACCAAAACCAGAGAUGCCAGUGAGGUGUACAGCACCCACCAGUGGGCUGAAGACUUAAAGGGGGAGAGCCUCGGCAAGGGACAAUCUUCGGCUCCCGCUGCCGAGUCGAGCCCCACAGCGCAGGCACACAGAUCCAGAAGUAAGAAAAGAACACCCAAGGAUGGACAAGUCAGGCGAGAGCUACACAUCCAGCCAGAACUCCCCCCUCCACCAGCCCCUCCCCCCGCAGAUGACUCUCUGAAGCUCCUUGCUGAUGUUUUGAGCCGCAGCCGAACGGACGCUGAAAGGAAAGAGGGGAGCGACUCGCCUACUCUUCAGAGGAGGGGGGAACAUUUCUCACCUCAAAGGAGAGGACCGACAAAGUGGUUAUCAGAGGAUGAGAAUGUAAUCCCAUAUGGGCAGUCCAGCUUCCUGCCUAAUGUCCAGAUGUCAGGGUACGGGUCCCUGGGUGGAGGAGUCUUUUCACGGCCCUCCACUGCUGGCCGGAGGAGAGAUGAGAACCUCAUGUAGACAGACGCAGGACCACAUGACAUAGGAUUCUCCGUUUUCAUCCAUGAUUCCCUGUCUUUGCGAACCAUCAAUCUGUUGCCAUGGUAACCUAUGAAAAGCUGAAGACGAAAGGGAGAGCGUCAAGGCUAGCCAUCUGCCUUUUCACCAACUGUUUUUAUUGCAUCUCAAUGAUUGAAUCUUUAUUUUUUGUGAUUUUCUUCACCCUGUCUCCGUGUACAUAGACAUCUUUACAGUUUUUUAAAAAAUGUGAUCAGAUAUAUUACUAAAAUAAUUGAUCUGGGGUUGUAAAACAAUCCUGUAUUUUUAGGCAAUGGGAGGUAAAUGUAACUGGCGUAAAUGUACAGCAGAUUAUUGAAUGUAUCUUCUUUUUACUCCUGACCGUGAAACCAUGAUGAUGUGUGUGUUUUACGAAAGACUGGAGAAGACAUGAGGCGGAAAACGUGUUAAUAAACAUCAUGUGGUUGUGUGUGUGUGUAUGUGUGUGCGUGUGUGAGUGUGUCAGUGCAUGUGUGCAGUGUUUGUGUGUGUGUUACUGUUUUGCUCUCUCAUCUCUGUGUGACUGUGUACUGUGCUAUUCCGGUAGAUCACCAGUGUGUUAGUUCUGUCAAGAUUUUUAAACUCAACAAUAAAAGAUUUUUAAUG